AUGGUAUUGAACCAGUCCUUAAUAAAGUUAUAUAAACCGUACCAUGCACUCGAUAAUACUAAUAACCUACAUACAAACUCAUCGAAUAAUAAUAAAACAUUGAUUGUUUUAAGUCAACAUUGCGUAGAAUUUAUAGAUGUACCAUCUUCCCUGAAAAAUGAAGUAUUUACUAACAUAGCAGAAUCUUCUAAAUUGCCGAAAUUAAAAUGUAGCAUAAAUAAUGACUUAAGCAAUUUUACAAAUGAUUAUGUAAAAAAUCUGUUCCCGAAAGAAUCUGUCAGUACGAUAAAUCCACCAGAUUUCCCAUCAACUUUAAUUAUUUCCGAGACUACAGAUUCUUUCCUUACUGACGCUAAUACAGUAGCAACAAAUGAUCCUACAACAAUUCCAAGGGAAUCCACCACAGAAUUCGUCACUUCUACAAUCCAGACAGAAUUGCCAUCCACUUCUGCUAUUACAACUGAUAUUACUGAUCUUCCUUCAACUGUAGAAUUCACCACAACAUCAAAAAUUAUGUCUCCGACUAACUCAGUUGUGUCUACGACUGUUGAUAUAAGCACUGAUUUGCCUUCAACGUCUACGCCAGAAACAGCAGAUCCUACAAUUACAAAAGACCCUACAAUAGCGACAGAUGACCUUAUAACAGUCACAGAUGCAUAUACAACAGAUUUUAUCAGUACAAGAUUUCCAACAGAUUAUCCAGAAUCAACUUCAAUGAAUACUUUAGAGACGACAGAUUUUUAUUCUACGGAAGAGAGUACAAUACUAUCGACAGAAGAUCUUACAACAAUGCCCAAUGAAUCCACAACAGAAUUUGUUAGUACUAGUACUCAAACUGAAUUUCCAUCGACUUCUAUGAUAACUACUGCCGUUACUGACCUUCCUUCAAGUACGGACUUUACUAAAAUACCGACCAAUGAUUAUUUUACGAUUACCGACUCAGUGAUAUCUACGACUGAUGAUAUAAACUCGGAAUCACUUUCAACAUCUGAUACUACACAAGAAAUAACAGAUACUACAAUCGAAAAAGAUCCUACAACAGCGCUAGAUGACCUUACAACAGAUUUUCCAUCUUCAAUUAUUACUGAGACUACAGAUUAUUCAACUACAGAAAUUAGUACUAUGAUUUCGCCAGAAGAUCUUCCAACAACGUCAGGCGCAUCCUCAACAGAAAUGUUUAGUACUAUGACCCAAACUGAAUUACCAUCUAUAAUAACUACAGACGUUACUGAGCUUCUUUCUACUACAGAAUAUACUACAACACCAGCGUUUGAAAUUUCCACGACGACUGACUCAGUUAUCUCUACAACUGAUUAUAUCGCCACUGAUUUGCCUUCAAUGUCUACACUAGAAAUGACACACCCUACAAUUACACAAGAACCUACAACAAUGACAGACGCCUAUACAACAGAUUUCAUCAGUACUAUGAUUCCAACAGAUUUUCCACCAACGACUUCAAUUAGUACUUCAGAGACACCAGAUUUAUUCCCUACAAAACAGAGUACAAUAAUCUCGACAGAAGAUCUUCCAACGACGCCCGAUGCAUCCACAACAGAAUUUGUCAGUACUACUAUUCAAACUGAAUUACCAUCGACUUCUAUAAUUACAACGGACUUUCCUUCCACCACAGAAUUUAUUACGCCUCCAACAUUUGAACUUUCUACGAUAACCGAUUCAGUGGUGUCUACCACUUAUAAUAUCAGCACUGAGUGGCCAUCAACAACUUAUUCUAUGCCAGAAACAACAGGAACUACAUUUAUACAAGACUCAACAACAACACAUGAACCUACAACAACAACGAGCACACACACAACAGAAUUUGUAAGUACGCUUGAUCCAACAAAUGUUCCAUCGACUCCUGUUUUUACUUCAGAGACUACAGAUUAUGACUUUACAGAAGAGAGUACAAUUAACGCGACAAAUAACCCUACCACACAAUUUAAUACAACUGUGACGGAAUAUUUAAGUACUACUUCAUGUGAUGAAUUUCAAUCCACUUCUAUAAUUACGUCAGAUGUUACUGAUCUUCCUUCCACAACUGAAUUUACUACACUACCAACGAUUGAACUUUCUACGAUAACCAGCUCAGUUAUCUCUACGACUGAUAAUUUAAACACUGAAUUACCUUCAACACUAGAAAUAACAGAUACUACAAUAACACAAGAAUCCACGACAACAAUAAAUGACACUACAACAGACUAUUUCCCCACGGAAGAAAGUACAAUAACAGUGACAGAUGAUCUUACAACACAAUCAGAUACAACCUCGACGGAAUCUUUAAAUCCUAGCACUCAAACCGAAUUUUCAUCGACUUCUAUAACUACUACUGACAUAACUGACCUGUUUUCCACUACAGAUUCUUCUACACUACCAACGAUUGAAUUUUCUACGGUAACUGACUCAGUUGUAUCUACCACUGAUAAUGUCAAUACUGAGAUACUAUCCACAACUUAUUCCACACCGGAAACAACAUAUACUACAAUAACGCAAGAUACAACAACAACAACAGAUGAUCCUACAACAACGCCAAUUAUGACCGAGACGGAACCUGUAAGUUCUACAAUUCACACUGAAUUUCCAUCAACUUCUAUAAUGACUACUAACAUAACUGACCUUCCUUCAACUACAGAAUUUUCUACAUUACCAACGUCUGAUAUUUCUACGACAACAGAUGCAGUGGUUUCUACCACUGAUAAUAUUAACACUGAGUUGCCUUCAACUUCAAAUACUAUCUCAGAAAUAACAGACACAACAAACACACAAGAAACUACAAUAUCGACAUAUGAUUCUACAACUACGCCCGGUUCUUCCACAUCAGACUUUGUUAGUACAGUUACAACUGAAUAUCCUUCCACUGUUGUUAUUACGUCAGAAGUUACUGACUUUUCAUCAACUUCAGCAUCUACUACAGGUUCAAUAAUUGACACACCUUCGACCUCUAAAUUACCGACAGAUAUUACAAGUCCUCCUGAAUCGCUAUCAACUCUCACAACAAUCGUUGAUUCAAACCCUACGUCAACUACUAUAGAAAUAAACAUUACAACAGAAAAUACUAGGUAUCCAGAGUCGACAACGAAUGAAAUAACAACUGUAGGAGAAAUUGGGACAUCAGAGUCAACCACAACAGAAAGUCCAAUAUAUGACGAAGACUCUGGUUUUUGGACUGCAUUGAACACAGCCUUGGUUGUAAUUCCAUCUGCUUGUGUAAUAGGACUCUUAUGUUUUGGAAUAUAUGCUUGCUUUAUAUCGAAAAAUGUGACAAAUACAAUGCAAAAUUCUGUUGCAAUGGAAGAUGAAAGCAAUAUCCCGAAACUAGUAAAUUUGUCCAGAUCUAAGAGCAUUGAAUCUAUGGUUUAA